CCAUUAGUGUUUACGUAAUCAAAACGAGACUGACGCCAAAGAAUGAUCUGAGCGACUGGAAUCGGAUUUAUGGAUUAGAACCUGCAAAACACCAGGCAGCUACAUCUUUACUUUUCGUCCUGGGUCAGUUUGACGUUGAUAAACUAUUUCUAUCGCUUGGAUCGAGGCAGAGUGACAAGGUUUGGAAAACGAAAGGAAAAACCUCUAGUUCGCAGACGCAGAAAGCGGUCUCCUUGGCAACGUGAGUCAUGACCUCUGUGGAGUCCAGUGGGGAUGGAGGAAGAUGGCUGGAUGCUCACUAUGACCCUGUUGCCGGCCUUUACACAUUUUCAUCCUGUGUGGACCUGGCCGACCUGAGUGGGGAUGGGGAGAGUCGGCUUGUGGUGGGGGACCUGGGCACCGGCUCAUCCGGUAUGAAGCUGAAGGUUUACCGGGGCACGGCACUGAUGAGUGAGAGCACACUGCUGGACCUGCCUGCUGGCCUUGUGGCCUUCUUCAUGGACCUGCAUGAACCGCGGAUCCCUGCUGUGGCUGUAGCCUCUGGACCCUGCAUUUAUGUUUACAAAAACCUGCGGCCGUACUUCAAAUUCACAUUACCUGGUCUGGAGAUCAACACACUGGAACAGGAUGUGUGGCAGCAGGUGAGGGAGGGUCAGAUUGACCCCAUGUGUCUGAAGGAGAUGUUGGAGAGCAUCAGAAAGAAGGAUGCCGUCCCGCUGUCCAUCCGAUCACUCAGGUUCUUGUCUUUGGAGGCCGACAGCAUGGACGACUUUGUUCAGCUGCACAAACAGCAGCCAAUCAGGCGGCAGACGGUCAUCACCUGCAUUGGGACUCUGAAGAAGAGCACGACAGAUGAGGAUGGUGUCAGCUGUCUUGUGAUUGGUACAGAAAACAGCGAUAUCUUUGUCCUUGACCCUGAAGCUUUCACCAUCCUCUCCAAGAUGUGUCUACCUGCUGCUCCCACCUUGAUGGAUGUGACGGGUCAGUUUGAUGUGGAGUUUCGCAUCACGGUGGCAUGUCGCAAUGGCAACAUCUACAUUCUGCGAAGGGAGUCGAACAAGCCAAAGUACUGCAUUGAGCUGUCUUCUCACCCGGUUGGGCUUGUGAGAAUUGGGAAGAACGUGGUUGUUGGAUGCACUGAUGAGAGUCUGCAGGGCUUCACACAAAAGGGGAAAAAGUUGUGGAAGAUUAACCUCCCCGCCCCUGUCACUACCAUGGCAGCCAUGGACCUCCCCACCAGGGGCUUCCAGGGAGUCCUGGUGGGCCUGGCAAACUGUGAGGUUCAUCUGUACCGGGACAAAAACCUGCUCAGCACCAUCAAGACUCCUGACACAGUGACCAGUAUCUGCUUUGGUCGGUACGGCCGUGAGGACGGGACCCUUAUCAUGACCACUAAGGGGGGUGGACUGAUGGUGAAGAUCUUGAAGAGGAUGGCGGUGUUUGAUGAUCGGGAAAGCGCUCCUGGCCCACCUCUAGCCCAGAGUGUGCGUCUUAACGUACCCAAGAAGACUAAGCUGUACGUGGAUCAGACACUGAGGGAGCGUGAGAAUAGCCUGGCCAUGCACCGGGCCUUUCAGAUGGACCUGAGCCGCAUGCGGCUGGCUGCUGCCAGAGCCUAUGUCAAGGCGCUGGAGUCCAGUCUGACUCCAGUCUCUUCUAGCCUAUCCGAGCCACUUAAGAUGAACGCUGUGGUCCAAGGACUGGGCCCAUCCUUCAAGCUGACCCUCAACGUGCAGAACACGGCAGCCUGUCGGCCUGUCAUGAACCUUACCAUCAGCUUCCUGUAUGACGAGAACUUGUACAGGAUGAGGAAUCCCUUCAUGAGGAUUCCUCUGCUGGUGCCUGGACUCAUCUACCCUGUCGAGACGUUCGUGGAGUGCACCAGCGACAAGGGCAUCUCUGAUAUCAUCAAGGUGUUCGUGCUGCAUGAAGGGAAGAGCUCGCCGCUCCUCACAGCUCAUAUCAACAUGCCCAUCAGCGAGGGAGUGGCAUUCAGCUGAAACUCUUCUACUACUCCAUCUGUUGUUCUUAGCAGGAAUGAAUACGGGGAGGAACAUCAGCAGACUGCAGUCCCACAUCUGCUUCUACAGCCCAAACUCAAGAACACUCAAAGGAAAUUCUGUCAAUAUCAGACAGCUUAGACCAAACUGUGUGGUUGGUUAAAUAUAGCCUCAAGAGAAGCUGUUUCCUUUUGUGAAUUUGAGUCUAUCGUCAUGGCAACAGACCCUAUAAACCAAACCUGUCUGCUAGCAUGUUUAGUCUAAAAAUGCCCCCACUACCACCGUGAGCAGCUGUUCAGCAGGAUGUGAGUUAACUCAGAGCUCUAUGAACAAGUAAUUGCAUCUGUUGUGGAGUUGCCCUGGGUCUGCAGCUUUCUGUAAAUAAAAAAUACUUUUGUCUGAAGUUGAACAGUUUGAGCUCUGUUCUGCUUCGUUUAAGCAUAUGAA